AUGAUCAGAGAGGAAAUAAAAGUUGACUGCCAAGAAUCUGAUGAAUCUGAUGAAGAAUCAUAUGUUGGAGAGCUCACCAUAAGUGAACUAGCUGCAGGUUUUACUGAGACAUGUCUAAUGAAUAAGAAUCUGUGUGCAAAAGUAAGGAAGUACAGAAGUAUCAAUAGAUUCCUGCUAGAAGAAAGAGUAAGCCUUAUGAUAGACAUUACUGAUCGGGAAAGAAAACUAGAUAAGUCAAAUAUGCGCAAUGAUUCUAAAAGUCUAUCUGAAAGUAAUGUCAUAGAGAAUGUUUUAACAACAUCUGAAGACAUUGUGAAGUGUGACACAAGUUAUGUCUCAAAGAGUUUCAAAAUGUCUCAGCAAUCGUGUGAUGCAUCUCCCGUAUCUGACUCGGCAACACCGGAUGAGUCCUCUAACUCUAAUAGGAGUCUAGAGGUUGUACCUUUAAGGACGAUUAGUAGUGAUGAUGUAAAGGCCACAAAGCCUAAAACAACACAUGCAAAACGGCCCAAGGAGGGUAUUCAUAACAAGGGCGCCAAACCUUCUGCAUCUAAUACCAUAGAGGAACUUACUAAAGAAGGAACCAGAUAUGUCGAUAAAGCAAUUACCAGAAUUAACACAAGUAAGGCUGAAGUUGCUCACACCUCUGGUUGUGACCCAACUGAAGAGGAGAUCAUUAAGAAUGGACAAGGAGGUGCUGAGAAUACCAAUGUUACUGAGGAUGUCAAUGACAUCGAAGAGAAUAAGCACACUAAGGUCAAUACUAAAACAGGUACCAAUGUGGUAGACUUAGAUGAGUAUUCUGACGACGAGUUGCUUGCCUCAUUAAAUCCUAGUGUAGCCAACAGGCUGAUGAUUAGAAGAAAAGCCAAAGCUAUUUCCCAAAGUUCCCCUGAAAAGAAUGCAGAAGCUAAGAGCACUGUUAAAGACUCUGUCAAGAAGAAGAGUACUUCUGCUGGUCCUAUCAAGAGCAGAGUUGUGGCUAAGAGUGUAGGGGUUGGGGAUGUCCCUAACAUUCCAUCAAGGAAGAAGCCUACAACAAGCAAGCUUGCUGCAAGUAUUCCUGAAAUACCUAUUGAUAAUGUGUCAUUCCACUAUGCCUCUAGUGCCAGAAGGUGGAAAUAUGUGCUCAAAAAGAGACUGGCUGUUGAAAGGGAGUUGGCUCCAAAUUCUCUUGAGAACAAGGAAAUCUUAGAGCUAAUUCAGGAAGCUGGACUAUUAAAAACUGGUUGCAACCUUCCCAAAUGUUAUGAGAGGCUGGUAAAAGAAUUUAUGGUGAACCUAUCUGAAGAUUGUGGAAACAGCAAGAGUGUGGACUUCAGAAAAAUGUUUGUGAGAGGUAAGUGUGUUUCGUUCUAUCCUUCUGUGAUUAAUAACUUCUUGGUAAGAACAAAUGAAGCUCAACCUGAGCUUGAAGUGACAGACAACAAGGUUUGUCAAGUGAUCACAGCCAAGCAGGUAAAAAGCUGGCCCUUAAAAGAGAAACUAACUGCAAGUAAGCUGAGCAUCAAGUAUGCAAUGCUUCACAAGAUAGAAGCAGCUAAUUGGGUACCAACAAAUCACAAGUCCACUAUUUCAACUGUUCUUGGCAGAUUUUUGUAUGAUGUAGGAACAAAGGCAAAGUUUGAUUAUGGAACAUAUAUUUUUGACCAAACUAUGAAGCAUGCUAGAAGCUUCAGUGUUAAGGGUCCAAUUGCCUUUCCAUCCCCCCUGUGUGGCAUAAUUCUGACUCAGUAUCCCAACAUUCUCAAUGAACAUGAUGUAGUAUGCAAAAGAGAAAGCCCAUUGGCUUUCCACUAUAAAUUGUUUCAGGGUACGCAUGUUCCAGACAUUGUCAUGACAUCGGCUGAAACAUCCAAGUCUGGAGCAUCAGCCAGCAAAGCAAAAGUCAUAGCAAUGUUAAACGAGACCUGCAAAGAGCUGGAAGCUAGGAAGAUAUCCCUUGAAAAGAUGAUAAGCACUCUGGAAAUGGAUGAGAAUUAG